AUGCAGCCAUUGGAAAGUUCAUCAUCAUCAUCACGUGUUGUGUUAUGCUUGUUGGAUGAUUCAAAUAUUCUUCAAAUUCCGAACAAGUAUUAUUUCAUGAUGAGAACCACACUUGCAGAGUAUUCAAAGGGAAGACGAAAAUAUAACGAAAACAAAUACAAGUGGUUGGAGCAAAUUAAAAACAAACAAAUUGUCGACAAAUUGACCUUUCUUCCGAUUGAAUUUAUUCAUGAUCGGGAAAUCAUUUUAAAUGCAGUCAUUCAUGAGAGCUUGAGUGAAAGCAUGUUCAAAAUCAGUGAUAAAGAUUUGCUCUUGCAGGCCGUGCGAGCGAACAGUCAUGCCAUUCGGUUCGCUAGUAGAAAUUUAUUUACAGAUCGUGAAGUAGUGAUACAAGCUGUGAAACAAAAUAUUAACGUAUUGAACCAUAUACCCAAUGAAUAUAGAAAUGACAAAAACUUUGUUCUGGAUGUGCUGCUCACUCAUUGCACAGAGCCAAGUAACAUCAACAACAUUCUAUAUUUUCUAUCACAGCAAUUGAAGAGCGAUAAAGAAGUGGUAGUAUUAGCGGUAAAGCAAAAUGGAGCCUCUCUUGGCUGUGCAUCGCAAGAGUUAAGAAAGGACAAACAAGUUGUUUUACAGGCAGUUCAACAAAAUGGAUUGGCACUACAAUUUGCAUCAUUAAUGUUGAAGGAUGACAAGGAAGUGGUGAUGGCAGCAGUUCAACAAAAUGGUCAUGCUUUACAACAUGCUUCAUUUACGUUAAAAUUGGAUCGAGAAGUUGUGCAGUCAGCAGUUCGACAAAACGGAGCUUCCCUUGCCCAUGCAUUGUUUGAUAUGACCGAUGACAAGGAUAUUGUAAUAGAGGCUAUAAAGCAAAAUAGAAAUGCUUUUCCACAUGCCUCACCAAGGUUGAAAAACCAUUCAGAAAUACUUACACUCGUAGGUGAAUCUUGUUCUGAUACUAUUGAAUUCUUACUAUUGAAACAUCAAUCUGCAUUUGGAGCACUAUCCCUCGAUAACGUUCCAUAUCCAUUCAGAAAUGAUAAGCAAUUUAUUUUAAGAGCUUUGAAAAAUAAGGCAUUGGUCGCAUGGGAAGGCAUACCUGUCGAGAUUAGGAAUGACCGUGAAUUUGCAUUAGAGGCUAUCAAGAUCGAUGGUAAAUACAUAAAUUACUUGCAUGCAUUUAAAGAGGACCCAGAAAUAAUCAUGCAAGCUUAUCAGCAUAAUAAUUCAGUAAUAAGCCACUUUCCAAAAAAAAUUGGCAACGAUAGAGAGUUUAUCAUGAAAUAUGCUGGCGUGUUGGGAAGGGAUGUAUUUGUGUUAAAUAAUUACAUGUUGCAAGACAAGGAAGUGUUGUUUUCGUGCAAUGAAAAGACACAUAGAUGUCUUGCAAAUGGCUAA